CCCUUUACUUGCGCUGCAACUCCCGCUGGUUUAGGUUUCUACCCUAAAGCAGAGUCGGCCACCACCAAGUUUCUUUGCCGGCCACCACCAAGUUUCUUCGCGCCUUCACAGUAGCGUAACACCAUGUUUGCUUCAUUGCUUGCGUCUGUAUCGUCAAAACCGGCUGCCAUCCAUUGUCUGUUGCAAUUUGACGGAAAAUGGGGCGGUCAUGGUGGCUUCUCCUACACACAUGCAUAUGAGAUCGACAUUCCGCUUCAGUCAUCAUUCACUGAUUUGUUGGAGGUCAUUCGUGAUACGGUACCAUCCUCUUAUGAAAAUUUAGUUUUUAAGAUUUCACAUAUGUCUGAUUCAUGCUCGACUCAUGUUGUGAUUGAUGAUGAUACGAGCCUUUAUGCAUACAUUCGGUUGAAGAGCAUUCACUGUGGUACACGUGAAUUCCCUUUGUGUGUUGAAAUAGGUAAUUCUUCUGAAACUGUCGCUCCUAAAGGAGGUUUAGUCCUUUCGGAGUUACAGCAACCUCUUCUUUGUCAUCAUUCCGUCUCCAAUUCAAGCGGCUGCGAAGAUACAGAAUCAGAUGGCUCUCUCUCUGAUUUUGGAGCAAACCAAACCUUGUGCAUUUGGGAUGAAGGCGUUAUACCAUCACAAAUGCGAUUUCCGCCCGGGUUUGUACUCGACACAUUUCGUGGAGAUGAAAUUCCUGAGAAUAACGUCCAAACCAACGACCUUGAUUGCAGGAACUACCUUCAAUCCAACCCGUCUGGUUAUGUAAUGUCUCAGCAGGACAUUGUCACAAUGAAGGAGAUGCACGUUACAUCUCGGUUCGAUCCUACUAGAAUUGUUGUUGAUGCCAUUUAUGCCAGCAAAAAGGAUCUUGAUAUCCAUUUGAAGAUGUUAGCAAUUUCUAACCAGUUCCAGUACCGGAUUCGAACAUCCAAAAAAUCUUGUCUUCAUGUUGUCUGUGUGGAUUUUCCUCGUUGCACAUGGGCUGUUCGGGCCGUGCGUUUACCAGGUGUUGAGAUGUUCCAGAUUCGUAGGUGCGUUCUGCCUCCAUUUUAAAUCCUUUUGCAUUUGGUUUCUAUAUUGUCUAUAUGAUGUGUAAUGAUUUCCAGUCAUUAAUGCCCUUUUACAGCAUAAUCAGGUCAUUAUGAUCACUUAUGUCACAAACUUCAGCCUUU